GUAUUGUUACACUUUGACGAUCAUUGGGACGUUAUCCUGUGGUUUUGGUCAGUUGUGUUCGCUGGCCGCCUGCCAGUCCUCUCAUCCCCCUUCAGCAACAUCGAGGAGGAUCGCCAUAAGCACAUUCAGAACCUGUCUACUCUCCUGGAGUCUCCGAUAUGUUUUACCAGAUCAAAAUUCCUGCCUUUGUUUAGCAACAGCCACAAUAUACAUCUACAUUCCUUCGAGAGUGUAAUUGACAAAUCCGAACAAGGAUCUUCUCAUGCCAACAUUUCGCGUACCAAUGGCGACAACCAUGAUGCUGAAAGCCAUCUGAAUGGCCAUAAUAAUGGCCUUACAAGUGGAGAUUUGCUGAUGCUCAUGUUGACCUCUGGAAGUACAGGCAACGCGAAAGCCGUCUGCUUCACACGCGAACAAGUUCUGGCUGCAGUUGCCGGCAAGGCUUCAAUACGCGUGCUUCCCCGGGACCGGCCAUUCUUGAACUGGAUCGGCCUAGACCACGUCUCCGGCCUCCUUGAGAUCCAUCUUCAGGCAUUAUAG